CUCUAUCAUGCCGCUCCUGGAUUUGACAAAGUUGACCCCCGCACCUUCUGAUGAAAGAGCUGUUGCAGAUCUUCUUCAUGGACGAUGGGUUGAUGGGGACCUGGUAUCCAAGGUUGGAGAUAUAUAUAUCGCACUGAGGCCUGUUGGCCUGGAAGAUGGGCAUGUGGCCAGUUUGUCAGCCCAGUCAAUCAGUUCAAUGGCCGAUACCGCAUAUACGAGACUUCAGGCAACAGGGAGGUCUCAAACAAUAUUGACCCAGGGAGAAUCGGGCAGCGGCAAGACCACCGCCAUGAAGCACCUGAUGAACGCCCUGGGUGAAAAGAUGAAGCUCCAAGACGCCGAAUACAUGAGUCAUGCUGCGGAGCUAUCGGAUCGUGUGGCACAUCUUCUCGACGCUUUUGGCAGUGCGAUGACCUCUCUGAAUCCGCAGUCCUCUCGAUACCUUAAGACCAUCUCCUACACUUUCAACACUGAAUCGAUGGAGCUUAAAGCUCUUAGGCUCUCUAUUUCGGCCUUCGAGCGCUCACGGGUGGGACGAACUCAUUGGCAUCAACAUGAGUCCAAUUUCUCGGUUCUCCAUCAGCUCCACGCUUCACGGGCUCUGUAUCCGCAUCUCGAACUCCCGGAUGACGCGGACGGCAUCCCAUCCCGCUUCUCUGAAGACAAUCUCCAGGCCAACUGGGCGGAAACAGUGACAACUUUGAAAAUCGUGUUGGGGAACGAGGAAGCCGCCAAGAUUGUCACGGUGCUUGGAAGUGUGAUUCACCUCUCGAUGAUCAAGGGCAAGAACCAUCCCGCGGUCUCAAAAGCUGCCAGGUGCCUCGGGGUCAGUGAGGAGAGAUUGAAGCGAUCCAUGUUCUUCCGCGAAGCUGGCGGAGAGCUACUGCCAAGAACGCCCUCAGAGUCGGAGAUAGCUCGUGCAAGCCUAGCACAAGCCCUAUACAAGCGAGUGCUAGAUUACCUGUUGGCGGUGGGAAACGAACAGCUUGCUUUGAAGUCGAGACACAGUCGGGAGACUGCAGAUACCUCAGAGGUGAAUCUGCUCUCAAUCGAUCUCAUCGACAUGUGCGGCUUCGAAGACUUCGCAAGCGGUAACUCUUUGGACCAGUUUUUGAUCAAUGUCUUGAAUGAAGAGUUGCACGACCUUGUGAGUACAGACUAGUCUUGCCAGGUCAUCACUGAGGGAGGGUUUGAUAAAGUACCUGGACAAGAUGAUGGCCACCCACCUGGAAACUAUGUUGAGAGAAGGUAUCAUGGAGGCUG